AGGUGAGUGAACGGGGCUCUCUCGCCGCGCCGGCCGCGAGUAUCCAACUUAUUUCGCACGAAACUCGUUUGAGAAAUUUUACUUGCGUUGAAGAAAAUGUAAAAUUUUUAUCGAAUUUUACUCGUUUUAAAGAGUUUUUAAACAGAAUUCGAAGUUUCUGAAUUAUUUUCAUGUUAUACGAUCAAACUUAAUGUAAAUGUAAAUUAGCAUAACUUGCAAAGAAAAGCCAAAUCACAAGCUAAAAAGCACCACUCCACCUCCUUGUCGAUGCCAAAUAAGCCCGCCUCGAUCCCAAGCCCCGCCUCCCGCUGAAGUCUAACAGGACAAUGUUAGCCGACAAAACCAACAGAGCGGAGAAGUUUCGCACAGCCAAGAAGUCUGAACUGUGUAUACAAUGUCGACAGAAUAGUCGGUUUUAACAAGGCGACCAUUCGAAGUUGUUGGACGUAGCCAGGCGGCGGCGAGUUGUUCUGCGGUGGUCAGUUUUGGGCAGUUUGGACGUGAGCUGGUGAAGUGAUGGCUCUCGACUCACACUCGCUCGGCAGAGGUCGCCAGACGCCCGCCGCGAGAAACCACAUUGUCUACACCGAUCAUAAAGGCAGAAAAAUACCAUACGCCGACAAGAUCACCCCGGAGCCAAUCCUCAACAACAAUGCGCGGGACACAAAGGCAGACUCGAUCAGAAAUAGUUAUAAUAGCCAAUUCAAAGUUGGCAUCUAUGGCUGGAGGAAAAAAUGCCUGUAUAUUCUUGUGAUGGCGCUCAUGUUUAUGAUGAUCAUCAACUUGGCGCUCACACUGUGGGUUUUGAAGGUCUUGGAUUUUAAUUCGGAAGGCAUGGGUCAACUGCGGAUCGUGCCCGGCGGGCUGCAACUCCUCGGCCAAGCUCUGGUCCUGGACUCGCUCUUCACCUCCAGCAUCAAGUCGCGGAGGGGACAGCCCAUCGCUGUGGAGUCUUCACGCAACUUCACCGUCUCCACCAGGGACGCCCAUGGACUGCUGCAGAGUAGAUUGUAUUUAGGUCAUGACCGCCUGGAAGUGAACGUGGGCAGACUAGAAGUGCGGGACGCCAGAGGAGCCCUGCUCCUGGGCGCGGGGCAGGACGCCGUGACGGUCGGUGCUGACACGCUCACGGUGGUCAGCCCUGCUGGCGUGACGCUGCAAAACGCUGCGCAGACGCCGCUUGUCAAAGCACCUCCUUCGAAGCCACUUGUCUUGGAGUCGCCUACGCGAUCGCUGGAGAUGCACGCUGCUCAGAAUAUCGCAUUGGAAUCACGAGCUGGCGAUAUAAGCGCAAGUUGCCUCACCACAUUCCGUCUGCGAUCCAUUGCUGGUUCUAUACGUUUGGAUGCUCCGAGCAUAUACAUGCCGAAGUUAAAAUCAGCAUUGCCACUUCCUCCAUCGACGCCUCACACGCAUGAUCCCCAUCACCAAAACAUUUACCAGUUAUGUGCGUGCGCAAACGGGAAACUGUUUCUUGCGCCUCCUCACGGUGCUUGUGCAGCCAGGGAAGAGAGUCUUAUCUGUCGAUGAUGUUCAUACUGUGAUCUAGCUUUGUUGUAAAUUUCCGUUAGUUUGUUGAAUAUGUUUUAGAGAACAUUUAUUGUGUUAGAAAUCCAGUAAUUUAAAGUUGAAUAUGUUAUACGUGUAUUGUACUUUGUAAAUUAGUAGAGUCAAUUUCAUGUCUAUUUCUUGUUAUGAUAUUAGUUAUAGUACAAUAUAAGGUAUCAUUCGAAUAUAUUAUGACCCGACUAGUGCACGUCUCAUUAAUUUGUAUAUAGUUUAGAAAAUAUGUAUCUGUUCAACUGAAUAUAAAACUAAAAUCUUAAAUUUAAGAAAGUGUACAAACUUUGCUGAACCGGGUAAUAAAUUAAUUUAAUCAAUGUUUUUAUAAGACGUGUACAGUUUGUACACGUUAUGUGAAUGCAAACAUUUUCUAAUGACGGAAAUUGGUAUUGUAUAAAUAUUAAUGGAGAAUACUACAACGACUUUAAAAACGUAUUAAACAUACAUAUUUUUUAAUAACUAGUGCCUUUUGGAAUCGCAAUUUAGACUUAAUAUUGGCAAAAAUAAUAUUAAAUUACAAAUAUUACCUAUCUCGACGCCAUUUGCUUAAAUUUUAACAAUUUUAAUCGAAAUCGAACUUCGAAUCAAGUUUUUUCUUAAUUAUGUUGUAAUUUUUCAGCCUUUCUCAAAAUUUUACUGUUAUAGUGGUCCUGAAAUUGCUUUAUGUCAAUUUCAGUUGUCUAUCCGGAGUCCGGUCUCAUCGAAACAAUGUAUUGUGGUUUUUCUAAUAAACUUUGGCGUACACUUAACAAAAGAAAUUUAAUUAUUAUCACGUUUAUAUACGAUAAGUGUUUUUCAAUUCAGAAAAAGUUCUUUAUACGUAUAUACAGCUUCUACCCUUAUUGUCAUUAUGCUAUUUGCUAUUUCUUCCUCGUUAAGUAUGACAGUUUCCUUGUACAUAAUCAUUAAAACGCGUCAGCACAUUAAAUCGAUCUUGAAUGUUUUAGAGAUAUCAUAUGUCUUGUAAAUGUUAGAUUAUAUCAUUACUAACAUACGAAUCGCCUUCAGUGAAUUGCUUUUAUGCAAAGCGUUUUGUUUUAGCUAUAUCUGUGUUAGUCAUUCAUUUCUAGUGUACUUUUUUCGUGAAAGCAUUGUUGUCAUAUGAAAGUUCCAAAUGGAAAAAUACCUUGUAUUGUAAUCUUAAGUACAUAUUUAUCACAAUUAUACAUACAUUGAGUAUAGACUUGUUGGGCUACAAAGGGUAUAAAUUCAUUUAAGAGUUGUUAGGGAUCAGUAUCAUAACUUUUAAUAUUCGCAAUACUUGCUACUAAUGACGUAUUUGUAUGAGACCAUGCAGGUUGAUGAUUUUGUAAAGUUAGUCUGUUACACAAUUAGUUUAUAUAUAGAUAUAUGAAUUAAACGAUUUGUUGAAUUAAUUGUAAAUAUUAUAAAAACGUACUAAAUGUAAAGGUAGAGAUUGUAAAUUACAAGUGUA